AUGACGGCGCGCGUGCAUGUGGUGCGGUCCAAGCGCACGGUGGCCGAGAUCCAGGACAAGGAGCGUGCGCAGCAGUGGAACCCGCCGCCCGGCUACAAGCGCAAGACCGACGAAUCGCAGUUCAGCAUUGCCAACGAGGCGUUGGAUGACUACGGGGCAUUCAAGGACAAGCACUAUGUUUUCCAUAUCAGUGACGAUGAUGCGGGGAAGGGUUCAUCGCUCAGCGCCUUUUUGAACAUCAUAUGUGUGGCCAUCGGCGUAGGAUCUCUGCAGCUCUCAUAUGCGCUCCGGCAGAGCGGUUGGGUUGGCCUCUUGUUUGUAUUCGUUGCUGGCACCGUUGCAUUCAUCACCUCCAUAAUUACUGUCCGGUGCAUGUAUCUGAAGGCGGGUGGCGGGAAAAUCAGCGGGUUCCACGAAAUCGGACUUGAGGCCUUUGGCAAGCCUGGCUAUUACAUCGUGUCUGCCUUCAACAUGCUCGGCAUUAUCGGCUCUGUCGGCAUCUAUGCCAUCCUCUCUGCCAACAACAUCUCCGAGAUGCUUGCACGAGUGAACGUCCACCUGGGCUCGCGCUUUCUGAUGCUCAUUACCACCGCUACUAUGUGCAUUCCAACGCUGCUUACGCGGACGCUGGGAGAGACGUUCCUGGUCAGCCUGAUCGGCACUGCCACCUCAAUCAUAGCCACGCUGAUAGUUAUUGUCAUGGCAAUAGUUUACCCGAUUCGCAAUGGCGAGAUGCAUAUCAGCAGUAGCGUCACGCACUCAAGUCCGAUCCACCAUUUUGCAGCCUUGCCUAGCGGCUUUGCUGUCUCGCUUUCCACCAUGUCAUUUGCAUACGUUGGAUCUACAAUUGUCCCCCACCUGGAGAGUGGCAUGCAGCACCCAGAGAAGUUUGGCAGAGUAUUUGGUUCUGCGCUUUUUGUCGUAACCUGCAUCUACAUGGUCAUGGCAUCGACCGGAUACAGCGCAUAUGGUGAUAGGACGCUGUCGCCAAUAACUCUAAAUUUCCCAAGAACAUGGCCGACGUUCCUCGCAGAUAUAUGCAUUACCAUUCAUGUGCUGUUUGCUGGCCCGCUGUUUCUGGUACAGAUGGCACUGGAAAUUGAGAGCGGCCUUGAUAUCGCCAGCAAGGGCAAGCGGGCCGAAGUCAUUUGGCGCCUGUGCGUUCGGAUUGGUGCUGCGUUGGUUAUCCUGGGCAUGGCAGAGGCUCUGCCUUUCUUUGAGGAUGUCAUUUCGCUUGUCAGCGCACUGACCAGCCCGGUUCUUGUCUACCUGACACCAAUUGCAGCAUAUAUCAAGCUGAAGGGCUGGCGUAAUAUCCGCAAGCGCUCUCUGCUGGGUCUGAUGCUGCUGCUGGCGUUUGGUAUUGUUGUCAGUGCAUUUGGGCUUGCUGAAACUAUCCGGGCCAUUGUCGGCGAUUUUAGAAAUGAGAAAUUAAGCACAUAGCACUGAUAUCCCGAAAUUCUGGUUUGU